AUGAUUGGCAAAGAAUAAGUUGAUGUAAUUGAUUAAUAUGCUUAAUCCAUCAUUAAUUAUGUGGACAAUCAAUAAAAGAGUAUUACUAUGUAGUAUUGUCUAAAGUUAUUUAAUUGAAAACUACGACCAUAGAAAAAUUGAAUGAGGUGACUAUUGUACAUUACUAAAAAAAUUUGGAUAAAAUUAAUUAAAUAAGAUAAGAAUUUGAAGAAACUAAAAACAUUUGUAAGUUAUCCAAUCUUUUAUCAAGACUGUAGAAAAUAAAUUAGAUGAAAAUAUUUAGAAAAUUAAUUAAAUAUAGAAUUCAAUUGAAGGAAUGGAAUCAUCAGUUGAUCAUUUGGAUUCUAUUUUGAAAAGGAUUGAAACCAAAUUAACAGAGUUAGAAAAAUUAAAGUAAUGA